AUGCAGACCCGAGAAGUGGUCACCGAUGUGCAGGAAACCCUCCAACUUGACAUGUCACCCAUUGCCAAGGAGUGGAAGGAGAACCCACCACUGGAGAUCCCUAUUGAUUCGUCUACACCUAAGAGGUUUGCAGGGCGACUUCCGUCAACAAGAGUCUUGGGUGAUGCCGAUUCUGAACCUGGACCCUCACAGCCUUCUGGCAGCAAAGCUGCUGUGGUUGAUGACACUGCUACCGUGGGAGAAGAUCAAGGAGCUGAUGUGUGCCCUGAAGGUGAUGAACCUUUGGUUUGUGGUGAUGGCCCUGGAGACAAGUCACCUGUGCCUGAUGAUCUUUUUCAUUCUACGGCCGUUGUGACAAGGAAAUCCCAAUACCAGGAGCGGGAUGACUUGGAGAACGAGAAGAAAAGAAAGAUCGGAACCUCAGAGGCUAAUGACCCAGAAGAAGGAAGGCCUGAGACGAAGAUGGAGAAGCUCGCUGCAGCCAAGGAAUUGAAGAAGCAACAGAAGCUUGCAAAGGCAGCUGCAAAGAAAGCGACUGCUAAGGCAAAGAAAGAACUGGCCCAGAAGAAGAAGGCAGAUGCCAAAGCGAAAGCUAUGGCCAAGAAGAAGGAGAAAGACGAAAAAUUGAAGGCUGAGAAAGCUGAGAAAGCCGCCAAGGCCAAGAACAGCAAGAGCAAAGCAGAACCCAAAGGUAAGACGGAAGGGGGAAAAGCAGCAAAGAAGAAGAAGGUGGAGAAUCAAGUGGAGAAGGAAAACAUCCCCCAUGCUGAAGACAAUGGAGAGUCUGUUGCCAUGCCUGAAGUUGAACCUGUUCCCCCUGUGGUGGCUGGUCCUCCUGAGCCAGCUUCUGCGAAUGCAGAUGCUCGCAGUGAUGCAGCAGACCAUGGAGAAAAUACUGCGGGGAAGAAGACCUUUGCCCGACGGUAUCGACCUACCAGGGGAGAUGCGGUUGCUCGCUUUGACUCCAUCAAGGAGACCUUCAACAGCAAUUUCACUGGACGCUUCUGGUCUACUUCCAUGAUGGAGGUGGAAUGGUGGAAUCACUGCAUGAAGUCCCUGAAGAUUGAGACGAAACAGGCUUACACGAUCAACUACAUCGAGUUCUUUCAGUCGUGCGUUCUCUCAUUCGAGGAUCCGUACCAUGGUCCGGAGCUCCAAGCUUCGAUGCUUGGGCCCCUACAUCAGGUAUUUGUGGUCACCAUCUUGCUUUUGGGCUUCAUGGAUGUGAUUGACCCUGGCAAGAACUCCUUUGAGAUCUUAGAGAUCUAUGCUGGUGAGCAGUUGGCCUGCGCUAUGGUUCUGGGCUCCAAGUGGGAGCACUUCGUGGUUCUCCUGGGUGUGUGUAUGUACCGGCAGGCUCUGUGGAUGAAACAUUUCGGCCACCUUUGCCUGAAGAGGGUAUAUCCUCCGAAAUUUGUCGGCAAGAUCCUGGAGAUGAAAGAUGAGUUUAUCAAGGCCAUGCCAGAGCUCCCGGAGGUGACUACGGACGGCCCAAGUGUCAUCGAGUUACUGGUUGAGAUGCCAACCGGAUCGCCGGCAAAGCCUCUUCCUCCUGCAGCAGUGGAGCCAGUGGGUGGAGGAGGUGCAGAGGCUUUGGCAUUAGAAUGUGACAAAGUGGAUGCGAGCAAGGCUUUGGGGGUCACAGCUGGCCCUGAACAUGAACCGAAACCUUCCAAAAGGAAGCCUAACCCAGACUGGAACACUACUGAUGCCACUGGUGAUGAUUCGGUGUAUGCUUCUGCAUCAAUCCCGCCACAAGAGUUGACUGAAAGGGCCAUCUACAUGCGACUUCAUCGUGUUUUCAAGAAACGAAAAGACGGAACUUUCAUUCUUGAUGAUGAAUGGAACAAAGCAUGGCUCGAUGUUGAUGGUGGGGGCCGUGAAUCCCUGUAUGCAAUCUUUGAGAAAGUCGGCUAUGAUCGGGAGAGGCUGGUCAAACGGUGCCAAGCCAUUACCGAAAAAAAUUCUGAAGAAGUCAGCGAGGUUGAAGGUGAGUGGCUCACCGUGGCUGACAUGGAAAAGUUGGGAUUCUCUGAGACCAAGAUCAAGGGAGUGAUUCGCUACACGGAAAGCCGAUCCCAUCUUCAAAGGAAAACCAAGCGCCACAUCCAGCGGGAAUGUCUGGAGUGGGAGGAGGAUGCCAGUGAUGCUGAAAUCGAUGCACCUGACUUGGAUUGGGGGUUCAUGGAUGUCCAGAAGGAUCAAACACCAGGUCUGGUGAUGGAUCAGCACAUGCAAGAUGAGGACACUGCACCUGUGCCGGUUGAGUCGGCGGACAUCAAGAAGGAGAUGGAGAGGCUGCAGUGGCCCGAAUUGGAGGGUGACACGGCCCCUUCGGCAUUAGUCCCUAAGGCAUGUCAGAGUUUGCAAAAGCAGGUUGCCAAACUGGAAGCCAUGGUGAAUGCAUGCAAGAUGAAGGACAAGCUGGACACUUCCAUUCAGGCACUGGUUAGUCACGAUGAGCAGUUGAUGGACCAGCACGGGGAAGGAAUUCUUGAAGGUGGCUACACCCGCGAGUCAAGGCUCCCCGCUGUUGAGCAGAAGGAGAAAAAGCCCACGCGCAAAGCACCUGGCCAAGCAGUGGCCAAAAAGGCUGCCAGUAAGGCAAAGGCAAAGGUGAAGGCAAAGGCAAAAGCCACUGCCUGCUCAGAUAACUAG